GUGUGUCACGUGAUCAGAUCCUAAACGCGGAGCAAACAUGGCUGCCACGCGUGCGGAGCUCCGAGGGAAACUCCCGCGGCAGUGCUAGCGUCUGUUUAACGCCGAGGCGAGUUUGUAAAUCAGCUUGGAGCCGAGGUCUGGGUAUCAGACGCCCUUUCAGAGAGCCGCAGCAUGGACGAGGGGAAUAAAAUCCAGUUUCCGACCCUUCCUGUGAGCAAGGAAGAACAACUGGAUUGGUCGUAUCCCAUGAGACGAGAGAUGCAGGAAAUCCUUCCUGGACUCUUCCUGGGGCCGUACUCUGCUGCAAUGAAGAGCAAGCUCUCUAUCCUGGAAAAGCAGGGGAUAACGCACAUAGUGUGUGUUCGACAAGACAUCGAGGCCAACUUUAUCAAACCUAACUUCCCCCUCAAAUUUAGAUACCUCGUUUUAGGCAUCGCGGAUAGCCCUGUUGAGAACAUCAUUAAAUAUUUCCAAAUGACUAAAGAAUUUAUAGACGGCUGUUUAGAGACUGGAGGAAAAGUUCUUGUUCAUGGAAAUGCAGGGAUUUCCAGAAGCGCUGCUCUGGUUAUUGCUUACCUUAUGGAAACGUUCGGAGUGAAGUACAGAGACGCUUUCAGUCACGUCCAAGAGCGGAGAUUCUGCAUCAACCCUAACGUAGGCUUCGUGCAUCAACUACAGGAGUAUGAAGCGAUCUAUCUCGCCAGACUCACCAUCAAGAUGAUGUCGCCCAUCCAGCUGGGUCGAUCUUUCUCUAUUCAAGCAGGAACAACAGGGAGCCGGAAACGAACGCUAGAAGAAGACGACGAUUUUGGGAAUAUGCAAGUUCAGGCAGCGCAGAACGGAUAGAACUGUCCCCUUCAUGCUUAGCUGCAUUGGAUAUAUUUUUUGUUUGUUUUACAUUUUUAUGGGAUUUAAAAUUGUAAAUAUUGUGGAUUUUUUUUUGCUUUUGUACAAAACAAAGAAUAAAAGGGGAGGGAGGGAGGGGCAGCGCUCUUCAGCCAGGGGAACGUCUAAUUUUUUGGGGGGAGGAUUUUUUUGAUCCGUAUGCACUGAUGUUUUUUGCAGUUUUAUAAUAUUUAACACUUUUUUUUUUUUUUUGCAUUUGCAGUGGGACAGUAUUGCAAUAUUGCUCUUUUUGAUACUUGAACUCCUUAUUUUUCGCUAGACGGCGUUCGCUUUAAGGGAAAGGGCACUGAAUAAAGAGAACGCUGCUUCAGUGGGGGAAACAAAUGAUCCAACACUCGAGAGAAUUAACAACUUGCUUAAUAAAGAAGAUGGCUGAAUCGUA